GUUUGAUUGAAGUCUGUGCUUUCAAAUGGUAGACACGACAGUUAAUUUUCGCCAGAAUGGGGAGGUGGGUGCGCGCCUUGUUAUUAUUUUAGGAAGGUCGUAAUGUGGAGAGCUGUGUUGUGGAAGACAUUGGCUGAAAACUGGUGCAGGGCAUUGCCUGUAGUCCGGAGCAGUACCAAAACAUGUCUUCCAAGUUUGAGUUUUCCAUUCCAUCCAACAAAUGGCAUAUCUCUGAAGCAGUGCAGCUCAUCAGUUUUGCAGAAAGACUAUGAUAUAAAGUCUAGCUCUGGAAAACUAAAUUUGAGUGAUGCAUGCAUUAAGAAGUUACAAGAAAUAAAGGGAAAUGGAGAGUUCUUGAGAGUUCUAAUACAAGGUGGAGGUUGCUCUGGAUUUCAAUAUAAAUUUUCCUUGGAUAAUUCUGUCAGUGAAGAUGACAGAGUAUUUGAACAGGAUGGAGUGAUGGUUGUUGUUGACAAGGAAAGUCUGAAUUUCAUUAAUGGGGCCACACUUGAUUACAGUGAAGAACUGAUCCGUUCAUCCUUUCAGAUUGUUAACAAUCCCCAGGCUGAUCACGGCUGCUCUUGUGGAACUUCUUUUUCUGUUAAGCUUUAAUAAUUUGGUCACUUCUUCCACCAUUAUUCCCAAAACAUAAACUGGACCCAAAAUUUCAUCAGGCCAGUUUCUUUACUACCUGUCAAUGAAUGAAGUAAAAGGUGUUUGAUAGCUGUAGUCACUUAAAAAUCUCUUCUCCUUAGCGGUUGCAAUGUAAGUUUGUGUACUUUUCCUAACUUUUAAAGUUAAGUAAAACCCUAAUUUAUAGUUGCAGAAAGUUGCAUAUGCACCCUCUUACAUUAGUUUUGUGUUUUAAGUAAAAAAAUUUUCUUUUCUUGAAUGUUACAUUCUAUAAUUCACACCUCACCGGCUUCACUCCUGUCUACAGCAAUAGACAAGAGUAGAAACUAGAUGGAUGUAUAUAUUGUUAAAUAUGUUUUAUAAAAUGUUGCAUUCAGAUGUAUUCACUGUAAGGUGCCAUGUCUUGUUACAUUUUUAGCAAUUAUGAAUGUGUAUAUUUUCAUUGGAGAAAAAAACAAGUGGGUAUAAGUAAAAACGGCACGAUUUACUGCCAAAGUGUGUGUGUGUUCCAAAAGAAAAUUGUGCUUUCUUUAACCUUACAGUAAUAAUUUUGUAGGAAGGUGAUGACUGUUAUAAAAGUUUUAUUACAAUUGAUCUUUAGUGUACUUUUUGAAAACAGGCAGGCAAACUUGCAUACAAAUUAAGAUAUAUAUACACACAUUAAAAUAGUAUAUUAUCUUCAUUCCUAGAGCAUUUCAUGUAUUUGCAGCAUUUCAGUGAGGUUAAGAAUAUGCGGGAAUCAGUGUGUUAAGCCAAGAUUUCGGCCACAUGGAACACUUGCCCUAUAGUGUAAAGAUUUUUUUGUGAAGUGAAUGAAAUAUUUUAUUAUAAUCAAGUAGAUUCCGCAGCAGUGUGCACUAUUGUCUUUUACUCCUGAUUUUCUUCAUUACAAGUGUACAGUGAUUUUUAUAUAAUUUAUAAUGUAUAUAUUCUGAAUUGAAGUAGCUAAAUAAAAAUGUGGCAAUUAUUGGGUAUACAUUUCUGCUGAAAAUAAAUGUUUUUUUUAUGUCAUUGAAGAUUUUUUGAAUGGAAGUUUACCUUGGAGAAAUUAAAGUUCAUGAAAGGCAAAACACAAUUUUUUUGCCCAGGAUAAUUCAGAAAACAAGACUAAGAAACUAGAUUUACAUAUAAAAAUCAUAAGUAAAAUCAAAUCCUUUUUUUUUCUUAGCAAGGAAAAAAGAACAUAGGAUUAUCCCAUUUUACGAUUAAAAUAUUAAGUCAAUAUUACUUUGUUUUUCACGAAUAUUACCAUUAGAGGGCACAAAUGUCCGUGCUUUGUACUGGUUUUUCUUACAGCCAUGUGCACGAAAAGACAUUUGAUUGUUAUAGAAUUUGUUAUUCUGUGUGUUUGCUAAUAGGAAAGAAAAUAAGACAUUAAGUAUUUUUUAUUUAAUAUAUUUCAAGAUAUAAAAUUGAGUAAGACAAAAUACUUUAAAAUCUACCAAAGCUUCAAGAACAUGGCAUUUACAUAGAAAAUGUGUAAUUGGUAAAAUAUGCCUGUUUUAAUGUGGUUUCUUGUAGCAUUCCAGGUAAAGGCAUGCAAAAUGUAUUUCAUUGAUUUAAUUAUUAUGGUAAGCUGCUUAGCACAUAAAUUUUUUUGUUAGAAAAGACAUGAACAAUGGUCUUAAGACUGUAGUUUAAGUGCAUAUUCUCAGCUGGAGCCAUCUUGUAGUGCAGACACAUCUACAGAAGUCUCACGGUCGAGACCCCUAGUAGUUCAGUGGGAUGCCUUGUUUCAGGUUUGUUUUAUUCCUUGCUGACUCUGCUGUUAAGAUUUGUAACUUCUAAUAGUUUGUUACAUAUCAAAUAAUUUGCAUGUUUACUAUAAUAGAAUCUCCCUUUUCAGCCUGGAAAAUCACAUCUCUCUAUUAAAAAAAAAAAAAAUAAAAUCUUGGAGUCUUUCUAUUAUUAAAAAAAAAUAUCUUGGAGACGAGACGAGAUUUUCUCAGAGAGACACCGUAAAGAAUUCAAAAAUGUUGGGGCGGUACACAUGCAGAGCAGGUUAGAGAUAACGGAAGUUUGAAAAUUUGAAAGUCUCAAAAAAAAAAAAAAAAGGAUAGCAAAGAUCGCAUUAGCGCAAAUAAAUGGAAAUUAUUACUCGUGGAAUAAUGGAACAGAGAUCGAAUAUAUUGUUCGGAUUUAAACUUUAAGUCAGAGACUUGUAGAUCAUCUAAUUCGUGUUGCCAUAAGGGGAAAAAAAAAGUAGUAUUCCCAAUGAAGAGGCAUAUCGGUGAAAAUUAAAAGAUUUGUUGUUUGGUGAAAGUGAAAUCCACAUACGUGAUCAACAGAGGGUUGGCGAGCGAAGCGAGCAGUGUCCAAAGCCUCCUAGUAUAAGAAAAUGUCCCCAGACAACACUUUACAUUUACCCUGCAAUCUAUAGUGAACUUGAUUUUGCAUUUUCCCAUGUAUAUGUACAGUGGCAUGCAAAAGUUUGGGCACUCUUGCUUAAAAUGUCUGUUACUGCUUUUAAGUUAUCAGUUCAUCUUCUUCUUUAUGAUCUGUUACUGCCUUUAUGUGAUUAGUUUAUCUUUUGCUUUCUUAACUAUUCACAGUAACAUUUUAAGCAAGGGGACCAAUCUUUUGCAUGCCACUCUACAAAAUGUGCAGACAUCAAUAGCUUCAAAUUCAAUUGUAUUACAAAAGCUCUACCUAAAAUAUGUACUGUAUUUAGAUGCAGUAAUUUUAUUUUAGGGGGUGACUUGAGUUCCAAUCAUGAGGUUAUAGCAGUGGCAGUCUUAGAGUAGCUGUUUCAUAAACAUCAGAUCAGGUACUGCUAACCCCUACUCACCAUCUCCAUCUUUCUGGUACAGUAUAGGGGGAAAAAAGUGCCUCUACAUCUCUCUGCAGUCUGACAUUUUUCACCCUUUAUGUUCUGCUGCCAGUCCAUGUAAACAAAUUGGUAUAAUUAUAAUUUGAAUAAAACUGUAAGCAUGAAUUAAGUUCAUAAGCAUAACUUUUUCACAUGAGACAAUUGAAUGUUUGAUCAUUAAACAGAUUAAUGUAGCAGUUCAUACCUUGGUGUGAAUUUCUGAGGUCAGAUUACUUUCUGCAUACAAUUACAAAUGCUAGAAAUGUGAGAACUGUACAGUGAUACAGAAAAACAGAAUCUUACCCUGACAUGACUUAGUUCCAAAUUGUGCUGCCUCUUUUUUUUUUUUUUGGUUCUGGUUAAACCAAAAGCUACCAUGUGAGAUAUCCAGUUUUUAUUUUGUCCUAAACGACUGUUCUGCUUGGUUUCUGUACGUUUAUUUGUACUGCGCACAAGUUCCAUUUACAGUUAUUCUCUAAUUACAUUUCAUUGAAGUUGACAGGGUUUAAAACUACUUAUAUAACUAAUAAACUAUAUGAUUAAGUUGUGAAUGAAAGGUGUCCUUUUAUAGUGCCAUACUCUCAUGAACUGUUUUAGGAAAGUAAGCAUACAUAAAUAUAUAUUGUACUGCCUUAUUCUAGGAGAGAUAAGUAUUAGUAAUUUGUGUUCAUGCUCUACAGGGAGCUCAAAAGAAAAUAAAACAUGGGUUUUCUUGUGUCUUAAGCCCUAUAUGGACAGGAUUAGUUUUACAGCAGGAGGUGGGUUAAAGUCAGUGCUUGACCUGUUCAUGCCUUAGGAGUACCAUCAAUUCCAACCACUUUAGCAGCCCAUAUUUAUAAUAACAAUUUCUUCAUUCAUACCUCCAUGGAUGACCCCAUCCUUAAGCAUUUUGAUAUAAAUUGUACGUAUUAGCACACCUUUGGAUCUCAGAGGGGAUCCCCCAACCCCUCAUUAUUCAACACUUACAACAAGUAGUACCAAUGCAGUUCUUUUAUUCCCACUUAAAGCACUGAGUAAAAUAAUUUUGACAGGAGGAUCUCUUUAAUUUCAGUCCUGUCCAAAUCGUUCAAAUGGUUUUACUGACCCGUCCAUUCACAUGGGACUAGUUUAACUUGGGGCUAGUUUUUUACAGACUUUUUGUAAAAGGUAAAAGUCUCCAUAAUCUAUAUGCAGUCUGUAAAAAGGUGAGUGAUUCAAAUGGGACUAAAAUUACAGAGGUCCUCCAGUAAUCUUUUUAGCUCAUUUUCUGGUGUAAAAUGAAUCCCGUCCAAAUAGGACUUGACACUGAUGGUGAAUUGAAGUGGGUACAGUAAUGGGAUUAAAAAUGUAUCCAGGAAUGAAGGAGGACUGUACAAAAUGUGCAUAUUUUCUGAAAAUUACUUUUGUAAUGUUCUUUUGCUGUUGUUUCUCUUUAUUGCUGUGUAUUUGUAAUAUCUAGCAUUUACAUAAUUCUCUGUCUUUAAAGGACACCUUCUAAUUGGUUGCUUAAAAUAAAGAAGCAGCUGUCCGUCACUAUGCCUAAACUUUCAAAAA